GCCAAAGAAGCCGAGGAAGGAAGAAGGACUGCAAGGACAUGCCACCGUUUUUGCCACCCAACUUUUACAGAUAUAAAAUUUACAAAUAGAAGGCCUGGAGAUCGAAAGCAGAAAUGCAGAACGUGGCCUCCCCAGGGGCCCGCACUCUGUCCGAGGAGCAGUUCCUGUGCUCCAUCUGCCUGGAGGUGUUUGUGGAGCCUGUUUCGACACCAUGCGGCCACAGCUUCUGCCUGGCCUGUCUGCGGGGCUACUGGAGUCACAGCAAGCAGAUCCAGUGCCCCAUGUGCAAGAGGACCUUCCACCGGAGGCCCGAGCUCAGCGUCAACCGCGUGCUGGCCGAUAUCGCUCAGCAGUUCCAGGCUCUCGGAGUGUCGGAAGAGGGACCUAAUUCCAACCAUUGGAAUGACAAUCCUGGGGAGUCAGAAGGUGGGGCUUUUGCAAGGGAGGGGGAGGUGCCCUGCGAUGCCUGCAUCGGGAGAAAGAUGAGAGCAAUGAAGUCCUGCCUGAACUGCCAGGGCUCGUUCUGUGAGACACACCUGCGCUCCCACCAUAAGACAAGAUCUCUCUCCACACACCGCCUGGUCCAGCCCACCGCCAGACUGGAGGAGAAGAUGUGCAACAAGCAUAAGCGGCUCCUGGAAGUAUACUGCCGCAGUGACCAUGCCUGCGUUUGCACAGUCUGCGCAGAGACCACGCACAAGUCCCAUGAUAUCAUCUCCGCUGACAGAGAGUGGAAGAAAAAGAUGAGCCAAGUGGGCAAGAAGAGGUCAGAGGUGAAGCACUUCAUCAAAGAGAGGUCAAAGAAGCUGGAGGAAAUCAAACAAUCAAUCAAAGUUAUCAAAAGCUCCUCUCAGAAGGAGCUGGAGGAGAGCUGGCAGGUGUACGCGGAUCUGCAGCGCUGGGUGGAGCAGAGCCAGGCGGAGCUGGUGGAGCGCGUGACUGCGCGGCAGCGCGAGGCCGAGCGACAGGCCCAGGAGCUGGUGCGCAUGUUGGAGCAGGAGCUCUCUCAGCUGAGGAAGAGAAGCACGGAGCUGGACCAGCUGUCCCAGAUGCAGGACAAAGUGCUUUUCCUCCAGACGCUGCCCACACUGGCGCCUCCACCAGAGCCCUCAGACUGGUCCGGCGUGUCUGUGAACACAGACCUGUAUGUGGGGACAGUGCGGAAGUCUGUCAGCACCCUGACUGACAGGUUCCAGGAAGAGCUGCAGAAACUCUACGGGAAAGAACUGAGGAAGCUCCAGAACUACGCAAGUGAGGUGCUCCUGGAUCCAUCCACAGCACAGCGGAACCUGGUCGUAUCAGAGGAUGGGAAGCAGGUGAGGUAUGAGGAGCACAAACGGUCUGUCUCCGAUGGCCCGCGUCGCUUCCAGCCAGCUCUCUUCGUCCUGGGUCGCGAAGGUCUGGCCUCCGGCCGCCACUACUGGGAGGUGGAAGUGGGCACGAAGACAGCGUGGACUCUGGGUGUGGCCUCCGAGUCAGUACGCAAGAAGGGUGACAUCAAGCUGAACCCCGAGAACGGCUACUGGUGCCUGUGGCUGAAGGCCGGCGAGGUUAACGCCCUGUCAUCCGCCCGCCUGCCACUCCAUCUGCCCGUUCCGCCCCAAAAAGUUGGCAUCUACCUGGACUUUGAGGCGGGUCAGGUGUCGUUCUAUGACGUGAAGGCACGCUCGCACCUCUACACGUUCAUGGACACUUUCAGCCAAAACCUGUACCCCAUUUUCAGCCCUUGUCUGAGUGAAGAAGGCAAGAACUCAGCUCCUCUCAUCAUCUCCACUGUCAAGCAUGGAUAGUCUGUAGAGCUGAAUGGCC